AUGCGUGCAGCACGCUACUACGGCAAAGAAGACGUGCGCAUAGAAGAAACUCCUCGCCCGGUCCUCUCGCCCGGUCAAAUCCUGAUCAAACCUUCGCAUGUGGGAAUCUGUGGAACGGAUUUGCACGAGUAUAUCGCUGGUCCUACGUAUGUUGCCCUGUCCCUUCCUACCACUGCCCCAUUUCUACCCUUACCCAUUACUGCCAUCAAAGAACGUCUUUUGACCAUUCAUGACAGAUUUGCACCCAUCGAACCUCAUGCAGUAACCAGAGAAACAAUUCCCAUAGGCAUGGGCCACGAAUUCAGCGGCACGAUUCUCGAAGUACAUCCAGAUGUCCCCAACGCCGAAAACUUCAAGCCGGGUCAAAAGUGCGCCAUUCAACCGACGAUAUUCUGUCAGAGCUGUGGUGCUUGUAGGAAUGGAGUAGAGAACGCGUGUGCCAAUGGUGGGUUUAUUGGAUUGAGCGGUGGUGGUGGUGGAUUGAGUGAGGCGGUUGCUGUGCCUUGGGAUGCCGUGUUGCCGUUGCCGGAGAAUGUUGAGUUGGAUACUGGAGCACUCGUCGAACCACUUUCCGUAGCCUGGCACGCCGUCUCCGCAUCGCCACUUCUCGAGAUCGGCGCCAGUAAUGCAUCUGUCCUCGUACUCGGAGGUGGACCCAUUGGUCUCGCAGUGGUCCAAGUCCUCGUGGCACAUGGAACCAAGAAGAUCAUCAUGAGCGAGAUUGCUGCACAAAGACAGGCCUUCGCUAGAGAGUUCGGAGCACACCACGUCCUCGCACCAAAUGUAUAUGAUGUUGUGGGUGUCUCGCGCGAGCUCUGUCAUGGUGAAGGUCCUGAUAUCGUGUUCGACUGCGCUGGUGUACCUGCUAGUUUCGAGUCGGCAUGCAAAGCCAUCAAGGCUCGCGGUACCGUCGUUAACGUCGCCAUCUGGGAGAAGCCAGUGUCAUUCAACCCAAACAGUCUGGUCUUCAACGAAGGAAAAUACGUCGGCGUGCUGGGUUACCAACGCAAAGACUUUGUGGAAGUAAUCAAGGCCAUUGCUGAUGGCAGACUGCAGCCCAACAAGAUGAUCACACGCAAGAUCCCUCUAAACGACUUGGUCGAGAAAGGUAUCCUGGCGUUGAUCAAGGAGAAGGACAGACACGUGAAGAUUCUGGUCGAUAUGGAGAUGGCUUGA